CACCGCCGCGCGCGCUGAUUGGCCUGGGGAGGGGGCGGGGCCGGGAGGCGGCUUGUUGUGAGAGGAUCAGGAUGGCCGCCAUCUUGUGCGGCGCCCGAGCCCAAUCUUGAGCUCGAGCCCGAUCGUGAGGCGUCCGGCCUCCGAUCUAAGAAGCGAGGGUCCCGGCCCCGGGAGGCGCGGGAACGGGAGCCGCUGGCCACCCCUCCCCUCAAGGCACUGUCCCCCACCCGAGUCCAGCCCGCGGCCCAGCCCGAGCGGAGCGGAGCGCCUCAGGGUCCUGCGUGGGCCCGCGCCGCCCGCCCGCGGAGGAUGAACGGAGGAUAAAUGGUUCCCCAGGCGGACAGCGGCGCCUUCGUGCUCCUCUUCCUGCUGGUGCUCACCGGCACUGAGCCGCUGCGCCCAGAACUGCGGUGCAACCCGGGCCAGUUUGCUUGUCGCAGCGGUACCAUCCACUGCAUCCCCCUGUCCUGGCAGUGUGAUGGCAGGGGGGCCUGCGAAGAUGAGAGUGACGAGGUUGGCUGUCCAGAUGUGCCUGGGGACCAGCGUUAUCAUGGAAAGGAGGCCAUGGAUUCUCGGCCCAGUCGUGGGAGAGGAGAUACGACUCGCUUCCACACGGUGAAUGUAGCCCAGCCUGUCCGCUUUAGCAGAAAGUGCCCGACAGGAUGGCAUCAUUACGAGGGCACAGCCAGCUGUUACAAGGUCUACCUCAAUGGAGAGAACUACUGGGAUGCUCUGCAGACCUGCCAGAGGGUGAAUGGCUCCUUGGUUGUCUUUACAAGUGACCAGGAGCUCCGCUUUGUCCUGGCCCAGGAAUGGGACCUGCAGGAGAGGACCUUUGGGUGGAAGGACCAACGCAAGUUUUGGGUUGGCUAUCAGUAUGUCAUCACUGGUCGAAACCGUUCUCUAGAAGGUCACUGGGAGGUCGCUCACAAAGGUCCCUCCGAGGACUUUUUAAAGCCUCCAGACCCCAUCUUUGCGUCAGCUGUGCCUGAGAAUGACAACGUGCUCUGUGCCCAGCUGCAGUGCUUCCAUUUCCCCACCCUGAGGCACCACGACUUGCACAGCUGGUAUGCGGAGAACUGCUAUGAGAAAUCUUCCUUCCUUUGCAAAAGAAGCCAAACGUGUGUGGACAUCAAGGACAACAUUGUGGGGGAAGGCUAUCACUUUACACCCAAAGGCAACGACCCCUGCCUGAGCUGUACCUGCCACAAUGGUGAGCCGGAGAUGUGCGUGGCUGCACUGUGCGAGGGGCCCCAGGGCUGCCAGCAGUAUGACAAGGACCCAAAGGAGUGCUGCAAGUUCAUGUGCUUGGAUCCAGCAGAUGGCAGCAGCUUGUUUGACUCCAUGGCGAGUGGGAUGCGCCUGAUUGUUAGCUGCAUCUCCUCCUUCCUGAUCCUGUCUCUCCUGCUCUUCAUGGUCCACCGGCUUCGUCAGAGACGCCGAGAACGCAUCGAGUCACUGAUAGGGGCAAACCUGCAUCAUUUUAACCUCGGACGGAGGAUCCCAGGCUUUGAUUAUGGCCCUGAUGGUUUCGGGACUGGCCUUACUCCCCUGCAUCUCUCAGACGAUGGAGAAGGUGGAGCCUUUCACUUCCAUGACCCUCCUCCACCGUACACAGCUUACAAGUACCCGGACAUCCAGCAUCCUGAUGACCCGCCGCCGCCCUACGAAGCCUCCAUUGACCCCAGCAGUGCCCUCUGCGCCCCAUCAGAUGGCGUCUGUGCUCAGCCGGCUCAGAGCAGUCCGCCCUCCCUAGGAGACAGCGAUGCCUCUCCCGGACUCGCCGAGGGGCCUCUCCCUCCUUCGGUGGGGCCGUUGUCCGCAGAGCUGGACGACUCGGCCGAUAGCAGCACCCUCCUCGUGCCUCCAGACACGCCCCUGAGCGAGAGCGGGCGGGCGGGAACUCUGGGGGGCAGCCGGCCCAGCCUCUGCUCUCUCAAUACCAUCGUCUAGAGGAGCGCAGAGCCGAGGCUGCUGCUCAGAAAUCGGAGCCCCUGUUUGCACACAACUGGACAAAGAGCCCGGCUCGAGGCUGAGCUCCGAAGGGAAGCGCCCGCUCUGCCUGCUCCCUGCAGGCUGGCGUGGCUGCCGCUCGGCCCUCACCGGGCAUUCACGGCCUGGUUUAUUGUGUAAAUAGGGUGGGCGAGAGGAAGGCCCCACGGGCCUCUGCAGGGGCGGAAAGAGGACGGAACUCGGGCGCCUUCCGGUCACCGCUCUUGGCUUUGGCUCGCUUUCUCCAGGCAUGGCGGAGGACGGGCCAACUCCUUUGAGUGGGGGUGGCGGAGAGUGGGCUGAGGCUGGCGGCCAGGAGGGGGUGGACUCCCCUGGAUGGGUCACUCCCGUAGAGUCCUUGGAAAUGUCCCUAGGACAGGCCACGGGGAGGCCCGGCUGGGGGGACGUUCGACUUGAGCUGGGACGUAGCGAUGCUCACACGGGAGCGUAGGCCCCGCUAGGCCCAGGCGGGGAGUGUGCCAGUCCUCGGCCGAAUGCCCAUCUCGAAACGGCAGAGGAAUAGCAGAAGAGGAUCCACCUAGUCUGGCUUUGUAGGCCUCGAAGGCAGGACCGCGGCCGCCGGAGUCCGAUCCCUCCUGGGGUGGUGAGAGGCAGGCACGCGGCCUACAGAUGCUUCGUCCUCCUCAGGCUGGUGCCCAGCGUCCGCUUAGGUGGGCAGAGGAGAGUGGCUGCCCCUGCCCGGGCCCUCGGGGCAGAGCGAAGGGGGCCGGCUGCCUGUUAGCCGUUCCUGGGGUCCGUCACCCUUUACCUGCGUUUUGACCCGACUGAGAAUAGCUAAGAAGGGGAACGGCUGAUUGGAAACGCUUCUCGGCCAGCGUCCCAGAGCACGCGUGGCAGGUCACGCCCCCGUGGGCCCUCCAGCCUCAGCGGCCUCCUCUGGAAACCGAGGUCCCUUCUCUGCCAUGAGCCCCCGAGGGCCUCGCUCAGGGGAGCCCCUUCUGCUGCGAGGCGAUGGCAGCUUCUUUCUUAGGAAUGGCUGUGGGGCUUCUCAGGGGCUGGAGGGGCCCUGAGAGAUGCGUGCUUUCUGCUGGGGUAGCCCUCAGUUUGCAGGGUGCGGGGGAGGAGGGAGACUCGGUGACGGGGUAGCUCUCUCUUCAUUUAGAACCAGAAGCAUCCCCGCGGUAUUCCCCUCGGAUCCUGGACCUCUCAGUAUUUUCUCUGGCCGACAGUCCGAGCGGUGGGAUCGCUGGGCUCUGUCCCCCCUGCCUCUCCCCGUUUCUAAUGAGACCUUCCCCUUCCUGCUGACGAGUGGGUUACCUCAUUAGGGACUCUGGGGGGAUUCAAGGGCCGCCACAGCCUCUGGGAGGAGGCUGGUGCCUCCCGGCAGGGGAAGGUGAUCCCAGAGGCCAGUCACAGGUGAAUGAAUGCACGUGGUCAGCUCAGGGUUGUCCGGUGCGGGGGAGAUGCUCGGGGAUCACUCUGCGCCCUCGUCCCACCCCCUCAGAAGCCCACCUUGUCUCCCAGGCCUGAGGUGCCUGCCCUGAGGAAGGGGUGGCUGGACGCCGGGCCCAGUCUGGGAAAUGCUCCCGGCAUGGCCUCUUCCCCCCUCCUCACCCGUGACACACGCAUGUUGUUGCCGCGAGCACCGGUGGAUGGAGGGAGACUUUGUGGGCCCGGCGCGCUCUCUCGUGGCUCUGUUUCAGCCACGGACAGACCCAGCCUGUGGACAGCAAGUGUUGCCCAAGUAGGAAUAAUAAAGCGGGUUUUGUGCACUU